AUGGUGAGCCCAUUUAGAUCUCCAUGUUCUUCGCCAAGAAGAUCAAGAAAAGAGAGCAAGAACCCUUAUUCAAACCGUGGACUUGAAAAAUUCUCUGAGCUUCUCUCGGUGCUCGACGAGAAGAGACAGAGCAUAUACUCGAAGAAGCUCGAUUCCGGUGGCCCGCCUCUUGUCCGAUUCGUGUUCACAAGCUCCGGCGAGUGUGUCCCCGUCGUGAUCAAAUCAUCUUAUCUUCAUAAAAAACAGAAGAAGACCAAAGAUGUUGCUGCGGCUAAAGUCAAACCAGUGGUCAACGAAUCGAAAACGGAGGAAACUAAGAAAACAGAGCCUGAAACAGAGCAGAAACACGUCUGUGUUUUGAACGAGAAUCUGAAGAAGAUCACGAACGAGAAUUUGAAGAAGAUGACGAGACCGAAUCAUUUCUUUCCCGUGACUAUGAUCUUGGUUCUUGUUUUCUUGGUUUUCUUUGGAAGAUCUGCUGCGAUUAUGUGCACUUGUAUCGUUUGGUACUUGGUUCCAACGAUCAAGGAACAAAGCAGACACAAAGGAUCUUCAUCAUAUGCAAUGAAGAAGAGAGAUUUCGCUAGGAAAUUGAGUAUCGAAGACAGAGCAUCGUUUAACCCAAGAACUGUUCGUGAUAAUUCUCCUCUCAAGUAG